ACAAUCUGCGAGCCCGGUGGGCUGGAUCGCUGGAUCGCUGGGUCUCUCGGACCCGAGCGGCGUGCUCGCCUAUCCGGCAGACGGCCAACCGACACACACGUAUACUUAGCCCUACAUAACCGUACGCCCCAUAUAUCAUGGCCUCCGGACAGCCUCUUCCCGAUCCUCCGCCGCCGCCAUCGCCCCCGCGGGGCCCCGCGCCCGAACCGGCGGCGAUGAAGCUGACACGCGGUCACUCUUGCGUCCUCUGUCAGCAGCGAAAGGUCCGCUGUGAUAAACAAAAGCCGUGUGCCAACUGCGUCAAAGCUCAUGUCGAGUGUCGCGUGGUCCCGCCGCAGCCACCCCGGCGUAGGAAGAAGAAACCGCAUGAGCGGGAUCUCAUCGAUCGCCUCCGGAAAUACGAGUCUCUGCUAUCUCAGCACGGUGUCAACUUCGAACCCAUCGCCCAUGAACUCAAGCCUUCGGAUCACGGGGACGAUGUUGCCGACCUUGAGCAUGAUCUUAUCGGGCUCAAAACCUCCCCAUCGAGCUCUGCCGACCAUGUCUCGCCGGAUCAAGGCCAUGACAGACAAAAAUGGGCUCCCAUAGUGCACGAUUACCGAGGAGCGGAUGAUGAUUCUUCAGACGAGGAUUACGAAGGCCCGACAAUACACAAUGCCUAUGAUACCAUGUUCGAGAACAGUGAUGGUUUCCCCUUCGUGGUUGGCGGCUCGCUCGCCAGUGUGACCAACGUUCACCCCAGCGCCAUCCAGAUGUUCCAGCUUUGGCAAAUAUACAUCAGCAACGUCAACCCGCUCCUCAAGAUCACCCACACACCUACGUUACAGGCGCAAAUCAUCAGCGCGAGCGCCAAUCCGGCCAAGAUCCCAAAGCCGCUCGAGGCUCUCAUAUUUGCCAUCUACUUCGCCGCCAUCACUUCUCUGAACGAGGACGAGGUCCAGAGCACGUUCGGCGAAGACAAGGUCAUUCUCUUGGGAAAAUACCACAACGCCACCCAGCAGGCGCUUGUCAACGCGGGCUUCAUGCGAUCCCCCGAUUUGAUGGUGCUGCAGGCGUUAUUCCUCUACUUGCUAUGCGCUCGCCCGUAUGUCGACCCCCGAUCCAUGUUUUGCCUUCUCGGUAUGGCGUUUAGGAAUGCCACCCGCCUAGGCCUUCACCGGGAUGGGUCUCAGUCCGACAUGUCGCCGUUUGAAGCCGAGCAGAGGAGACGGCUAUGGUGGCAAAUCGUCGUCUUCGACAAGCGCAUCGCGGAAAUCACCGGAUCAACGGUGACGGCUUUGACUUCUUGUGCCGGAGACACGAGACUGCCACUCAACAUCAACGACGCAGACCUCAACGUCCACGCCAAGGACCAACCUGGUCCCUACAGCGGGCCUACCGAAAUGGUUUUCUGCCUUACCCGGAUAGAGCUCACCGUUGCCGCGUCGCCCGAUAAUGUGCGGCGGGCUAUCACGACCCCUGGAGGGCGGCCGCUACACAAGCCGAUGGUGCAUUUCAGCCCAUCCCCUUCGUCACCCGACAUCGUGUCACACGUGGCUAACCAGAGCCUACCUGAUAACCUUGCGAAUUUCUGCGCAUAUGUGGAGAACUUAUACCUCAAGCAGUGUGACCCCAAGAUUCCGCUGCACUACUUCACACUUCUCAUGACACGGCAAGCGCUGUGCAAACUGCGUAUCAUCGACUUCCUCUGUCGGACGGCCAACACCGACAACGUGGACCAAAGCGAGCGAGACAGUUACUUUAUGGAAGCCCUUCGUAUGGUGGAGUACGAUAACAUCAUCCAGAGUUCGGAUAUGCUCCAGGGCUUCCGGUGGUAUACGUACGCUCACUUCCCCUUACCGGCCUACCUUUGUUUAGUCUCGGAGCUGCGGCAUAGGACCACAGGCGAACUCUGCGAGCGCGCUUGGAACGUCAUGGUCGAGAACCACGACCGGCGCGGACUCUUGCGGCGCCUCAACCGCAACCCCUUGCACAUCGCCUUUGGUCGCUACUUUGUCAAGGCCUGGGAUGCUCGCGAGGCGGCAGAGCUGCAACUGGGCCGUUCCCUUACCACGCCCAAAGUAAUCACAUUGCUAAGGGCCACCUUGGCCAAAACCAAACGGCCGGCCCCGAUGCCCCCGGCACGUAAUGGAACGAAUAUGGGCAUGCCAGGCGGGCAGCAGGUCCCCGUGCAGCCUAUGAUGCCACCCGGGCCCGGAAACGCCCCAGGAAUGGCGCCCGUCGGAGACAUGAACAUGCCUCCGGCGGGCAUGCCGUCCGCGGGGAUGUACCCCGGCAAGCCGAUGUCCCAAGCCCCGCCGCCACAGCCGAUACCUGGUGUCGGCGUGGGCAACCCCAUGAUGAUCGACGAGUCGAUGAUGUACUCGGGGUACAACGACAUGGCGCCCGUGUAUGGCAACCCGCCGGAAAUACAAGACCCCGAGGCCGGCGGGAUGGACUGGGAGUACUUGGUCCAACUCACCUCCCUAAGUGGGUUCAACCCCACGAACGGCUACUACGUCCAGGGCACUGGGGUGUAGGCAGACGAACACAUUUGGGCCCUGCUGCGGGUGCACGAAAGGGGGCUGUGCCCUCGCCAUUCGGCAUUGCGCGCCUCCAGAUCGAGCCGGGUCACAGAACUGCGACCAAGAUGGAUAUUGUGAUGAAUAUACGGACGAAAAGGAUCCGGCAGCGGAUGAGUUGGACUGAUGGGCGGCGCUGCGGCUGACUA